GGUCUCUCACCUCUUUCUCAGACCAUAGCAGAUUCAAGGAACAUGCUUGGAAAACUGCUAAGCUUCCCCAUAUUCUCCCAUUCCAAACAGGGUUCACCAUUCCCACCAUCAAAGAGAUCAUUUAUAAACAAAUAUCCAAUUACACAGAUUUUCCUCUCAGAAAUUCUUUGUGGGGUGCUCUCAAAAAAUGUCAAGCCUCCCCAACACGCCGUCGGAAGCCCGCAGGUCCGGCAAGGCACCGGAAAAAUCCACUUUUUCUCAGACUUGCAGCCUCUUGAGCCAGUUCUUGAAAGAGAAACGUGCUUCUGCUGAUUCCACUCUUGGAAUGGGUGCCAAAAUUGAACCUAGAGCUUGUACCAAGGAUUUGUUAGGCAGCAUGCAAAACUCAGAUGGGGCUUUGAGACUAAACGCUUCUGCCAUGGAUUCUCUCCCCCAGCUUGUGGAAAAUCCCUGCAUUAAGAAGUCUAGUUCACCGGGACCUGAAUCUCCCCAAUUGACAAUAUUCUAUGCUGGAAAAAUGUUGGUAUUUGAUGCUUUUCCGCCGGAGAAGGCAACCGAGGUCAUGGAGAUGGCCACCAAGUUAGCCUCGGACAGCUCCGGAACCGAAGAAAGUCUCCCUAGUGAUCCAGUUACCACUGAAAAAUUGGCUGUGCCCGAUGUGCCUCAAAAAAGCCCUUCUUCAGAAACCCCUAAGCCAGGAAACCAAGGGGUUGGUUCAGAUAUGAGGUAUCCAAGGAGAGCUUCACUUCUUAAAUUUCUUGAGAAAAGAAAAGAAAGGGUUAAUGCUAGAGGGCCUUACCAAAUCAACAACCACAAGGCAGAGGGAAGCAGUUCAGGGGGUGAACCUGAAGAUCAGUGUUCCAAACACUUUGACCUUAACUUGUAGUGGUUUAGCUCGUCAUGAAUUUAGGGUAUACAGCCUCUGGCUAGCCAAAAGCUCCUAACUAUAUGAUUGUGGGCCUUUUGAAUAUUGCUGUGGCCUUCAUACGUAUUUAUCAUAUAUAUAAUAUUUGUAUGUAUGUAUUAUUAUCAUUUUAUCAAUUAGGUCCCUUGCUGGGGACCAAACCAGAGAGAUAAAUUAGUUUUAUUACUGAGAUUGAUUAGUUUCAGAAAAUUUCAAGUACUUGUGUGCAUUAAUUUGAUCAUUUUUGGUGAAUACAACUCCUUUUAACAA